AUGCCUCUCGGAACAGCCCUCAAGGUGACUGCUCUCGGCACAUUCGUCUACGUCGUGGCAAGGAAAGCCACCCACAAUCCAUCCUUCAAUGGGACCAACGGCAAUAACAAUCAUAAUCCUCCCCUGGCUCCGGGCCGCGGUUCACAGCCCCGAAGCCCAACGUGCACUUGCGGCAAGGACAGGGAGGACCCACAUAGUACAGUCAGAUGA